UACUCCUCUAAACUUGGAUCUUCAUAUCUUGGCUUCUCCUCUCGAAAUCAUCGGCCCUCGAUUUCUACUAAUCUUUAUACUCCAUUGAAGUUCAGAGGAUGGAUCUCUUCAGCAGUCUACCAGAUGAUCUCCUUUGUCAUAUAUUGUCCUUCUUAUCCACAAAGGAGGCUGCUUUGACAUCGGUUCUCUCCCAGAGGUGGCGCAAUCUGUUUGCUUUUGCUCCUUAUCUCGAGUUUGACGACUCUGUCUUCCUUCAUCAAGAAGAGGGUAAGCCGGAAAGAGUCCGAAAUCCGCAGAGCUUCAUGGAUUUUGUGGAUAGAGUAUUGGCUUUGCAGAGUGAUUCUCCCGUAGUCAAAUUCUCCCUCAAGUGUAAAACUGGUGUUGACUCAGAUCGUGUGGAUCGUUGGCUAUGUAAUGUGCUGAAGCGUGGUGUUUCGGACCUUGAUCUUUUCAUUGAUUUCAGAGAUUUAUACUGGCUGCCUCACGAAGUUUGUGUCAGUAGGACACUGGUUGAGCUGAGAUUAGGAAGUGAAUUUGAUCUUUAUUGGUGGGAGAAGGAUAUAUGUUUACCGAUGCUUAAAACUCUUGUUCUUGACUCCUGCGGGUUAUGUAUUGGUCUGUUUCAAAUUCUUCUUCCUGCUUGCCCUGCGCUUGAAGAGUUAGACAUGACUAAUACGCGGUGGAGGGAGUCCAAUGUGUCUGUGUCUAGCCCGAUCCUCAAGGAGCUGUUUAUUGGUCUCCAUGGUUGUGGUACCCUUGUUAAUCUGAAGAGUCUUUCAUUUGACGCUCCAAGACUUGUUUACUUUUAUUACUGUGAUUCUCUUGCGGAGGACUAUCCACAAGUUAACUUUGAAAACUUAGUCGAGGCUCAAAUCAACCUUUUAUUAACUCAAGCUCAAAUCGAGCAAGCAAGAGCACUUAAUAAUGAAAUGUUGUUAGUGGAUGAUGUUUACCCUGGUCUUGGAAAUGCGUGGAAGCUCAUCACUGGUCUAAGAAAUGUUCAAGAACUGUACUUAUCUCCUGAUACCCUUGAGGUGCUUUCCAGGUGCUGUGAAUCGAUGCCAGUGUUCAACAACCUCAAAUUGUUAAGUAUUUGGAGUGACAUGAAUCGGGGAUGGCAAGCAAUGCCAGUUCUUUUACGGAAUUGCCCACAUUUAGAAACUCUAAUCAUUGAGGGUCUCUUACACUAUGUGACAGAUAAAUGCGGGUCUCUUACACUAUGUGACAAAGUCCGUCCGCUCACAUCUUGUCCAGUAAAGAAGUUACAGAUUUAUGAGUUUGGAGGAACAAUUAGAGAACUAGAGAUGAUCAUGCAUUUCUUGGAUGUUUUUCGGUGUUUGAAGGAGUUGGAGAUAUAUGCUCACGAGGGUAUUCCUACACUAUGCAAAGACCCUAAAAGGAUUGAACUUGUCGGGAAGAUGAUGAACUUCUACAAUAAGUUAUGGACUUGCGAUGUUCAAUUACUAGUGCGUGGUCCCUUGUAAGGGAAGUGGACUGCACUGUUUAAAUAUUUGUGGGAGUAAUCACAGCUCAUAGUUUUGGUCAAAGUCUGCAUUUAAUUCUCUGUUGCCUUUUCUCAUUGAUACUCUGUUACGUGUUUGCCUUUUUUCGUAAUGUUACAUUGUCACGACUCACACACCAUGAUUUCGUCAUAGCAACUCAAUGACUUCUUGUAGAGUUUCAUCAUCUUCACUUUGAGAUCUAAGACAAAGAUCA